GCCCUCCUCUUCUCGGCCGAAACUUUUCACGUUUCACAAUUAGUUUCGCGCGAGCGUCGCGAUCCAUCGUGACAUCCCAUUGAUACGAGCCGAGGGGAAAAAAAAAAGUCGAACUCGUCGCGAAUAAGAAGAUGCCACGAAAGCGACGCGCCUCGACGCCUACGCUGGAAGCGGACGAGGAUGAAUUCGCGUCCGAGGGCAAGUACAGCAAGGACGAUUUGGAGAGCCGUGCGCCGAGGAACGCGGCCAACGCGAGGGAACGGGCCCGGAUGAGGGUGCUAAGCAAGGCGUUUUGCAGAUUGAAAACGACUCUACCUUGGGUACCAGCCGACACGAAGCUCAGCAAAUUGGACACCCUCCGCCUCGCGGCCACGUACAUCGCUCAUCUUCGAGCCGUUCUCAGAGACGACGCGGACCCGCACUCCGAGACCAGGUCUUUGUCCCUGGCGCUGUCGUGGCCGUUUACUUUUCAAAGUGGUAACGCUUCCAUGUUGAUGAACAACAGUUGCAACGUAUCAUCGUCAACUUCAUCGAGCCCUAAUCAGUACCGUGGUCAGCAGGGAGCGCACGAGAUCCAGAAUUUCCAUCAUUCUGGGCAUCAUCAAGCCAUGUCACUACGUCAUAAUCACGAGUCGCUUUCGUAUUUCUAAUAAAGCUUCUUUUUCUUUUUUAUCGAAGGGAUAUACGAGAAAAGAACAUUCUGUUCGUUCGAACAAAAAAGGAAAAAAAAAUUUCUUCACUCGCAAUAACAUUAUUAUAUAUGAAAUCGUAUAAAUGAAAAUUUAUAUUUAUUUUUCAGAGUGCCUUAUCGUACCUAUUUAUUGAUCUGUAUUCACUUUAAGGACGAUUAUUAUAAUAUCUUUAGAUUAGAUCCCAUUAUUGUAACCAAAGCGUAAAUACUAGUCCAAAUAAAAUAUUUCUAUACAGAGUUAAUAAA